UCAAAUGUCAAGAGAUCUACCUUUGGAUGACCACGGUACACGCGUGAGGAAUUCAGACAUUUUCUUAGUGAUAAAUAAUUAAGAAUUUAACUACAAAACAUGGCGGAAACAAUGCGACAAACCGUAGCAACCAUAUUGAAGAGUAUCGAGAGGUACAACCCGGCUAAUCUGCAAACCCUAGAGCGUUACGUGGAAAUGCAAUCGAGGGAGAACACCUAUGAUUUGGAAGCGAAUUUGGCUGUUUUAAAGCUCUACCAGUUCAAUCCUGAGAAUUUUAACCCUGAUAUUACUUGUCAAAUACUAUUGAAAGCGCUCACAAAUUUUCCACAUACCGACUUCACUUUGUGCAAGUGCUUACUCCUCGAGUCUGUAGUAGAAAAUGAAACCAUAUCCCAAAUUAAAUACUUGGCUGAUAUCUUAGAGCAAUGUGAUUUUGCUCAAUUCUGGAACAGAGUCCACCAAAUGCCUGAACUGUGCAAUCGUAUCAGCAGCUUCCAUGACUCCAUACGCAAGUUUGUAUGCCAUGUUGUGGGCAUCACCUUUCAGACAAUUGACAAAAGCAACCUUGCUAAUCUCCUGGGAGGAAUAGAUGAUGUGAGCUUAAAACACUGGGUUAAAAAGUAUGGAUGGAAGGAUGAAGGUAACCUAAUCUUCAUAGCCACACAAGAUGAAAACAUCAAGACUAAAAACAUCACAGAAAAGAUUGAGUUCGAACACUUAGCACCUCUAAUGGCGAUUCUGUAACUUUUUUGAAAUAAAUUUUUUACUAUAAAAAUA